CACCGGAGACGCUGUAUAAAAGGGUUGAUCAGGACAGAUGUUUUCUGAGAAGAAACAACAUGAGAUCCUUACUCAUGCUUGCGACGCUGCUGUGCAUGCUGUGUGUAGCACAGGUUCAGACACAGGAAAACACGCUGAGGCUGUGCGGCCGGGCAUUUCUGCGGGCAGUGGUGUACACCUGUGGAGGAUCAAGGUGGAGAAGACUGAUGGGAGAAGAGCAGACUUUGCAAGAUGGUAGCAGGGAGCCAAAACUGAAGACGACAGAUGUGCCAGCAAUUGACCGUCAUUGGCGGGACCAAAACCAGGCACUACUAUCAGUGUGCUGUGAACAAGGCUGUCGAAGGAGCGACCUCUCCAUGCUUUGCUAGAGGGGAACAUCCAAAGGGGCUCA